GAAGGCAGAACACGAAGAAGAUGCCUCGCCGGUGAAGGGGAAGGGCAUGUGAAUCUGAAGUGGCUGAUAUGAAAGCGGAUCUUGUUCUGGGGAAUGUGUUCGGCCUCUGACUGACAGACGGUAGGUCUCUCGCGGGCGUAUUAUGCAGCUUUAGGUGAUGCGGCGUAGUGCGAGCGCGGUUUUCUCGCCGGUUUCCACUGCGGACGACUAUCUGGAGUAUUCUUCUGGACCCGUUCACGCAAUAAACCCACAGGGAACCCCGCGCAAGAGGUCAAGAUGAAGGUUUGCUGCGUUUUCACGGCCCUGCUCGGCUUCAGCUUGUGUGCCGCCAUCCAGUCUAUGAGCAACAUGGCCUGCGACAGUGAGCCGGAGAGAGUCUGCGUACAGGUCGGUGGCAACGUGUCCGUGCCCUGUCUAUACCUGCCCAACAAAGAUGUGGACUUCUUUUUUUACAAGGGCAAAGAGGAGAUUGCUGUAUACCGCGCAAACAACGCGUCCAGCUCCCCGGAAAGCGGUGAACACGUCAAACACAUCACGGAGCAUGUGGAGUUUCACACAAGUGAGAAGGACCAGUUGUUCAGUUUUGUCCUCUCUGUAGUGACCGCAGAGGACACCGGACUCUAUAGGUGCAAGAUGAAUGUCAUAUUCCCCCCUCCUCUCUUCGUUGCUGACAAUUCAUCUAGGAUCUUAGUCCUGGUGGAAGGUCACCAGUGCAUAAACAAGGCAACCUGUGGUAGCCUUGUACAAGACAGGAACGACACGGACCACAUCCCCGUUUGGAUUUGGGCACUGGUAGCUUUUCUCGGUACCUAUGGCAUCACGGUCACCAUCAUCGCCAUUGUAAACCGGCACAAGCUGAGGAGGGCAGAGUACAGCCAGAGCGACUACAUGAACACCAAACCCACCGUUCACAAAGGCCACGGGAGGACGAGAGGACUCCAGCAUCCUAUACCACGCCACUUCUGAACCACUAUUUCCCCUGUAGUGCUUACAGGACCGCUUGCAGCCAACCCUGUGGACAUCUGUGGGGAUCUAGGGAUUACCAGACGACAGGGGGAGUCAUUCUCAGAGUUUGGUGCAUUAGUGCAGGCAUCAGUGAAGGGCGUGCAUGCUUUCUUUCCUGUGUUCAUGAAGUCUGAGUUACACAGUUUAUUAGGA